UCAUCACCUUUUGAAGUUCCAAGCUUUUCUUUGACCGGAGGAGAGCCUCUCAGCAAUGGCGGAUUCGAUUUUCAGAAAGCUAAGAGACGGAGGCGAAGAAGGCGAGCUCGCGCCAGCUCUCACCAUAGAGGAAACUGUAGUUUCACCUUUCGCCCUCGACGUCUCCUGCUAUCUCCUCGCGAAUCUAUCUUCAUCAAUCCUGGCUGGAAAAUCCAAGUCGGAAGGCCUCGUGCUGGUCACAUUCUCUCGGAGCCCUUCCUUCUAUUUGCAGUUCUUGAAGCAAAAAGGAAUCGUUGUCUCUUCAUCCUCUAAAUGGAUUCGUGUUCUGGAUUGUUACACCGAUCCACUAGGCUGGAUUGAUCAACCUUCCACUGGUGUUACUGAAGGUCCAAGUUUAGUUAAGUUAAAUAAGUGUGUUAGUGACUUGAAGAGACUUUUCUCUUCAGUCAUUGAUGCAGGGAGAGAGAUGGUUGGAGAUGGGAAGACACGUUUCUCUGUUGCCAUUGAUUCGGUGAAUGAGCUGCUAAGACAUUCAUCCAUGCCAUUAGUUUCUGGUCUUUUAACAGAUCUUCGAAGCCACGCACAAGUUUCCAGUUUGUUUUGGUCGUUGAACACUGACCUUCACCAAGAGAAGGUCACCAAUGCGCUUGAAUAUAUAUCCACCAUGAAAGCCAACUUAGAACCUUUUUGUCCAUCUCCCGAUGGGAAAAGGAAUGCUUUGGAAAACCUCUUCUUGGCUCAUCAGGAUUUCGGUAAAGGACGGUUCCAUGUCCGGUUUAAGCUUAGAAAGGGACGUGUCAGAGUAAUGUCUGAAGAGUAUCAUGUUGAUCAAACGGGCAUAAACCUUUCACCCAUUUCCUCCGCUGAAUCUGUUAUUGCAGCCACCAAAAGCCUUAUACCUAAGGUUCAUUUCAAUCUACAGUUGUCUGAGAAAGAACGUGUUGAGAAAGAAAAAGUUGUCCUUCCCUUUGAGCACCAAGAUCAUGGAAAAUCGACAGAGAUCUAUGAUGGGCGGAGAACUCUUGCGGAUGGCAAGACCGAGGCAACGCCAUUGUCUUCAGGAGAGUUGCAGGCCGAUGUGGUUUCAUCUGGUAAGGGUGGAGAGAUUAUAUAUUUCAGAGAUUCAGACGAUGAGCAUCCAGAUUCUGAUGAGGACCCUGAUGAUGAUUUGGACAUUUAAUUGCUCUUGUAAGAACCAGAGAGUGUGUUUUGGUUUUUGUAAGUUACUUUGGAUUAUAAUCGCUGGGAUCUUAAUUGUUUAGAUUUAUCCAACUUUGUAUACUAGAUAGCAGAUUUGUAACACUUGAAGGAUUUUUUUCAUUGUGUUAUUGUUGCAUUAUCAACACAAAUUUAGUUUA